CUUUCGCUAAAAAUGUUCUGUCAGUUCUGGUCGUUUCCGUGCAAACAUUCUUCUGUGGAUCUUUUUACCUCGAUCACCGGACAGUUUCCUGGAAUUUCCUCGAUCGAUCCGACAAAAUAAAUAAAUUAUUAUACGCUAGGGCUAGCCUAGAAAUAAGUUCCUGAUAACCAUUGAACUCAUUGAAUUGUAUUCGUAGCCAAGGCAGGCAGAUGUUCUAGGCUAGAUGUAGAUCGUCCACAAACACACACCGCUCUCCCUCUGUCGAUCGAGUGUUUCAAAUCCUGGCGAGGUUAUCUCUGGCCAUCUUCUGACAAAAAUAAAUGGACCAAAGGCACCAAGGAGGCAGCGCUGUGUUAUGAAAUCAAAGGAAAAUAGAUCAUGUGUUAUUAGCGAAUGUUAUGUCUACAUUACACAGUAAACAUUUUAUGACAAAAGACCGAUGCACACUGUUUGUUUCUGAGAGUAUGAGACUGAUUUUGGAGUAGUGCCAAAUUAUGCUCCAGAGACUUAUGAGACUUCCAGAAAGAAAGUGGUAAUGGAAAAGAAUAACAAAGACCCCAGGGUGUUUUACAGAAAUGCCUUUCGUGGAAGGGGAAGAGGUCAGAAUGCAAGUCACAGAGGUGGACGAGGAGGGCCAUCAUACGGUGCUGCUGGUCUUUAUGAAGAACUAGGAGAAGACCAGAGUGUAAAUCACCCAAGAGGAGUAUGGAGAGGAGGAGGAAGGGGAGGAGGAGGAAGAGGGAGAGGAGGAAGAUUUGAUCAGGCUGGUUUUUGUCUAGAUGUAGGGCCUGAUGACUUUGGAAGAUUGUCAAGGGGACAAAGAAGAAGAGAAUGGGGUUCGUUUGAUGAGAUGGAACCAACUGGAGAACAAAGCUGGGCUAGAGACCAUUGGAAGGAAAUAGGAUUGGGACCAUUUGUCAAGGCUGGCCCCUACCAGGAAGAAGGAUGGGGUGGAAGUAGAAGUUUUGCAAAGGGAACAGGACAAGGUAGGGAUGGCAUUGACCCAAGGGGACGAGGACAGGGAUCAUCUGACGGAAAUUUCCGAUGUCAAGAGAGACGGAAUAGUCAACCCUACUGCAGAAGUUAUUCAAAAAGUACAAAAUCUGCAGAAUAUGCUGUACGCCAUGAUGAGGCUCCACCCCGUUCUGCCUACAUUUCUCAGAAAGUCGGUCGGUCUCGCUCGUCUUUGGCUCCACCUGCUACAGCCCAAAACCUCUCCAAAGCUUCCGCCAGAGACAAGGAAUGUAUUACACAGAAGAGAGGAAAAUGGAGAGGAAAGUCCAAUGAUAAAAAGUGCAAGGACGAUGGUUUUGUUGGUGGUCAGAGUCAGAGUUGUGUGGACCUUUCCACUGUGAGGCAGAGGCAGAAUCUUGAGGGAUGUCGGAGAACAUCGAAAGUGAAAGAUAGUGAGCCAAACAGCUCUCAGAGGAUGAAGACAGAAGCUAGUUUGCGAGUCAAAGACUCUUUUACAGAUGCAGAAAGUGUCAAGAAUGUUAUCUUAGAAAACUUUUCAAAAAGGGAAAACUUGGAACUGGAAUUUGUGGAAGACAGUAUCGUGUCUACAAGAGAACGCACAGCAUGUUCUGUUAUACUUUACCACAGAGAAAAUCUAUCUGGAGGGUCUGUAUUUGCAGAGUUAUGCAAAACAAUGAAAGAUAAAGUGAACACUGAAGUCACAUAUUAUAUUUCACGUACUUACAAAGAAGGUAGCGUCAAGAACACUGACUUUGUAAAUGAAGAGAGUGAUUAUUCGGACGCCUCACAGAGCGCAAAGACUGUAAAUUGUAAGAAUAAGAAACGAAGAAGCCGAGGGACAAGUAAAGUGAAUGCAAAAGGGGAUGUCAAUACUGAUACUUCUUCACAGAACAAAAGUGGACCUCCAGCUAAACCUGUGCCAUCUCCUGUACCGACCACUCUGAGUAUUCGUAUUGAGAAAAGCUUCAAGGAUACUGACGCUGUCCGACAAUAUCUCCUUGAAAAAAUUGAAAAGAAGAAGUAUUCUUUUGAAAUUGUACCGAACAGCAUUAAUAUUCGCAAGUUUCAAACUUAUUGUGAAUUGAAAAUGCCCAGUAAAGCUGCUGCUGAGAGGUUAAGGAACCUACUGAAUGGCUGCAAAGAAGUGAAAAUUUUUAAUGGCAAUAAGAUAAAGAAAGCUAUAAGUGAUGCUCAGAGAAACAGUAUGAAGCGGGAUAUUCAGAGAGAAUCAGCUUUGAUUUUUUCUCAUCUUACACAGCAUGACGAGAAAAUCAAGAAGUUUGAAGACUCCAUAGUUAACUUGGAACGAAAAUCUGGCAAGCAUCUUUCAUGCAGAAGUGAAAGUGAAAUUUUGGUUUUGAAAGACAAACUGGAAGAAGCAGUGCACCAGAAAGACACAUUCCAGGAACAAUGUACUAAGAUGAUUAGCCUGUUAGAAGAUCUCAGUACAUCAACAAUGUUUUGUGAAGAUCAGUGGACUAAGCUGCUUCGUUCUAUUAGCAUUGAGUGUAAGAGGCUGUCAAAUGCCCUGCCUAUGUAUGCUCGCAAGAAUGACAUUCUGGAUGUGAUCUCUGCCAACAAAGUCUCUGUCGUGCUCGGGGAGACUGGCUCAGGAAAAAGUACACAGAUGGCUCAAUAUAUAUAUGAGUCGGACAUUAAUGCAGAAGGUAUGAUUGUUUGCACACAGCCAAGGAAGAUAACUGCCCGCACUCUCGCUGAAAGGGUUGCUUUUGAACUUACGAGCACAGUUGGGAAUCUGGUUGGGUACAUAACAGGUGCUCAAAAAUGUAUUGGGCCUAUGACAAAGAUUGUCUUUACCACAGAUCAUUCGUUGCUCAAUGAGUUCCUGAAAGACCCUGAUCUGCGCGCCUACUCUUGCAUCAUAGUUGACGAGGCUCAUGAACGAAGUAUUUACACAGACAUUUUGCUGGGCAUGAUCAAAUCCUGUUCAGAACGGCGGCCUGAGUUGAAAGUUAUCAUUACUUCUGCUACUAUCAAUCCAGAGAUUUUCAUCAACUACUUUCCAAACAAGCCAACUUUGCUUCAAGUCUCCGGGAGGACUUUUCCUGUCAACGUGGUUUACGAGAGUGCAGAUGAAACCCAAGAUUUUGACAACAUAGAAGAAAAGGCAGUGUCCAAAGUUGUGAGUAUCCAUAAGAGUAAGGUACCAGGAGACAUCCUUGUAUUUCUGACGUCAGCUGUUGAAAUAAUGCGUUGCUGUGAAGAAACUAAAAAGAGACUGAAAGAUCCUGAGAAGUAUCAAUGUUUACCUCUUCAUGGUCAGCUUCCCGCAGAAGAGCAACAGGAAGUUUUCAAACAGCUUGAUGUCGGGGUGAGGAAGAUUGUCUUUGCAACAAACUGUGCAGAGACCUCAGUGACGAUUGAUGGAAUCAAAUUUGUCAUUGACCCAGGCGUAGCCAAAGAGAUGAAGUAUGACCCCAAGAAAAACAUCAGCCUUUUGGGAACUCACAUUAUUAGCCAGAGCUCAGCCAAUCAGAGAAAAGGAAGAGCUGGUCGCACUGCCAGUGGCACCUGUUACCGCCUGUACACUGAGAAAAGCUUUCUUACCUUGGCAACCAGCUCUGAACCAGAGAUUCUUCGUGUUCAUUUAGGACAGGCUGUUUUAAAACUGGCAGAACUGGGUGUUAAUGCCAGAAGCUAUGACUUUGUGGAGCCACCAAGCAGAGAAGCUCUUGACACUGCUGUCAGCACUCUGAGAGAAAUUGGUGCUUUGCUGGAUGAUAGCAUUACUGAAACUGGUCGGUUUAUCUCUAGAUUACCCUUUGAUCCUGGGCAAGGACUAUUGGUGUUCCUUGGACACAAGGACCAUUUACUGUACGAUGCUGUUGUAAUUGCCGCGUUACUCAGCAAUGGCUCAGACAUAUUUUACAGGGGACUCACUGACGUGGAGGAGCAGAAUUCAGCAAGGAAUAAAAAUCAGUUUGCUUCCCAGUUUGGAGAUCCUUUCACCUGGUUCAACGUUUACAAAGAAUGGUCCUCUGCUCCAAAGAAACAGCAGUCAGCAUGGUGUAAGGAGCACAGCGUCGACAACAAGGUGAUGAACUACACAAGGCAAUGUGUCAGAGAUGUUGCCGAUGUUUUGCGUAAAGAGCACAGGAUUCACAUGGAAGAAAACUUCUCAGACUCAGAGACAGCUGUAGACCGCUUGAGGAAGAUGGUCUUCACAGCAAACCUGUCAAUGGUUGGCCAUUUUCUGGGUCAUCAACGGGCUGGUUACUAUGCCACCGGGAUUCAGCGCCAAGUGCAUUUUCAUCCUUCGUCUUCUUUAAUGAGUCAAAAUGCAUAUCCAGAAUGGAUUGUAUACUCACAGUUUGUCAAGUCGUCUCGAGACUUUAUCAAAGGCAUCACUGUCAUCGAUGAGGCAUGGGUUCAGGAAGCUGUGAAUGAAAAACAGUUGGCGAUUGAUAUUGCUGAGGUCAAAGGAAAGCAAUCACGCCUUGUUCACAGAGAGGAAGCUGGAAAAAUUGUCUUCAGGGCUCUGGUCGGGCCACGCUUUCAAAAUCUGAUGGUUCUGGAGGACUGCUUUGUGAAGGUUGGGAUGGAAACUGUAGUUGUAGAAGCACACCGUGAUCUCGGAACUGUAGAUGUUUUUUCAUCUAGCCCUCGCAACCAAAAUGUCAUCAGAAUGUUCAACAGCUACAAGGAGAUGACUCUUCAGGAACUGCAAAGUCGAGAGCAGGAAUUUUCUGUAAAUAAAUCAUCUAAGAACGAGCAAGGUGGGUGCAGAGUGAUGCUUGGACAAGGUGCUGAGGUGAAAUUAGUUCUUAUGCCCGGACAAAGCACUAAAGUCUUGAUAAAAAAUGCUCCUGACACAAGCACUGUGGAAGAUGUAAGGGACAAAUUCUCUGUAUAUGGUGAAAUAAAGGAUUGUUUCCGUUUCAAAUGUGAAGAUCCUUGGGGUCUGAUUCGAUUUGCUACCUGUUCAGAAGCAGAGAAAGCUGCGAAUGAAACCAAGGAUCAUGAAGUGCACACUGCAGUGUUGUUGAAAACUGAUGGGCAAAGGCAGCAGAAGGCGCCCCAGUUUCAGGCUCGUCUUUCUUGGUGCAGACGACCUGUGAAAGGAAGAGGCACAGCAUUCAUCAAAUGCCAGCCCGAUGUGAAAAGGUGUCUUCUUUUUCAACCAAUACUACUGAAUUUGAGAACAUGUACAAUCAAAGAGAGUAACAAAGGUGAGGAUUUGGUUGUCUUCAAUACAGGGAACACUUCAGAAGAUAUUAUCAAAGACAAAAUUUUGGAGCUACUGAGACAGAGAGGUGAGAUUCAUAAAAGUCUGGAGCAUGAAAUUCGUGUUUUUGUUGUUCGGGAAAAUAUAGUUGCUCCAACGGAAGAAGAAAUGAGUAUGCUAGAAACUGCAGUGCUCAGUGAGUUUGACAUGCACCUCCAGUCUCGCUGGGACACAUGCACUGUUGACUUGAAACAUCCAAGAGAUAAAGACAUCAAACAAAUUGGCUUUGUAUAUUUCAACAACCCAGUGUCUGGCUUCCGCGCAUGUCAGCGUCUACAAGGCAUCCUCAGUAUGGAUGGUCGACCAGUAGAAAUUAGCCCCAAACUGAAGACAAGUAUCCAUAUUCCACGCAAGAUUAUGGAAGCCAGCAAGCUCCGAUUUGAUGACCACAUUCAAGGCUUGACAAGAAAUAAAGAGACUGAAGUGACAAUUGUGCCUCUAAAGCAAGGAGAUUUCCGGUUAGACAUUUCUUCACCGAAGGCCGAGUGCAUUGCUCUGGCCAGAGAAGUCUUUCAGACUGAGCUAGAGGGAGAUGUUAUUGAGUGUGGGAGGUCAGCACUACGUGAAUGUCUCCUCUCACGGCAGGGACUCCAGGAAGUUCACAAAGUGGAGGAAUCAGCUGAUGUGCUCAUUGUUGUUAAUCAAAGAGAAAAACAGCUGCACUUAUAUGGUCAGGACGAAAAAAUGAGCAAGGCGAAAAUGGACCUAAACACAUAUCUGAGCAGACUGGCUGAUGGGAGAGAAGAAUGCAUUAACCUGAAAGCCAAAACUCGCCCUCCAGGUUUAAUGAAAGCACUGCUGCUCAAAUACGGACAUACACUGGACGGACUUCAGAAUGAGUUCCAACUAAACAGUGUUAAAAUUGACUUUAAACUUCAGAAAAUCUCCCUUGUAGGGAAAGAUGAAGCUUUGAGAAACUGUACUAUGAGCAUUGAAGAACUUUCCAAAGAUCUUGCUGAGCGCUCAAAUGCACAGUCUGAUACGGAGUUGCCCGACUGUGUGGUGUGCAUGUGUCCAGUGGAGACCAGCUCUGAUCUGUAUCGCCUGGAGGGAUGUGGACAUGGGUAUUGCACGGUGUGCAUCAAGCUUCAGGUCAGUGUGUCGGUGCAGGACAAGCAGUUCCCUAUGUCCUGUGCUCACGAGGGAUGUGGCCAACUGCUGGUUUGGAAAGACAUUGAUUUUUUCCUCAAAAAGAAAUGGAUAGCAGGAGACAAACUUGCUCAGAUGGCUCUGAAUGCUUAUGUAGAGCAACAGCCUGACAAAUACAAGUUUUGCUCCACUCCAAACUGCCCUGUUGUGUAUGAAGUGACGCAUGAGCCACAAGGUUGUGUGUUCACCUGUCCGUCGUGUUACGCCAGCGUCUGUUCUUCUUGCAACAAGGCUUCCCAUGCAGGACUUACUUGUGAGAUGGCAAAGAGCUUGAGUAAUGCGGAGAAAGAACUGGAACGUUGGACAAAAGAAAACCCUGAGAAACGCAAAAUCUGCCCUGGAUGUAGGGGCCCGGUUGAAAAGAUUUACGGCUGCAACAAAAUGCACUGCUCGUGUUGCAGGGUUAUCUUUUGCUGGUUGUGUCUGAAACGCUUUCCAACGGAAACACUUUGCUAUGCUCACCUCAGGUCUGCACAUGGAGGAAUUUUCUAACAGAAGAAAACCAGAUAUGUCUCUUGUUUGUUUCCGCAAUUGUCAAGCUUAACACAUCUUGUAUUGACUUGUUCAUUUGCUUAUCUUUACUUGAAGUUGAAAACCUUUCUCCGCCUGCUGACUUUGAGAAGUUGAUUUUUCUGUUUGUAGCCUUAUUUUUUUCUGAAGACUUUUGCCACAAAGUGAUUUGAUUGUUAUUCUUGUGAUUUUCUUGUUUACAAUGUGUGCUUGAAAGAUUUUUUUUGGUCUUUUUCAGAUGUUGCAUGAUUGUGGUUAUUCUAAGUGUAAAUAAAAUGCUAAUGCUCUUUAUUGUGCUUUCUAAAGACAUGAGUUUAUUGACUACCUGGUACAUCAGUUUUUCUGCUUGGAUGUUGCAUUUGAGAGACAAGGUCGAAGUUGCCCACCUUCUAUGAUCUUUAAUGUGGUGAGGGGGAUGUAAAGUGAUUACAUUUUUUUCUUAAAUCUUGAUGUACAGAAAUUUAUUAGUUUUAUGAAGCCUGUUACAUAACUGUUUUGUUUCUGUCUCAGAAAAGUGAAAACAAGAUAUCAGUGUAUUUCUCUGUACAUUUACUGUUUUACUUGUUUGUGCCUCCUGUUUGUACUGACGGUUCUAAAAACCUUUCAUGACAUUACUUUCUCUGAGCUAAAAAAAACAUCAUUCAGGUGAUUUUGCCAAAUUUGCGAUAAUCAAGUUCUAUUGUUCGUAUGUCUUUCUUUUUAUCAGCGCUUAUUGGUUUUUGCUGUACCACCACGAUUCACUUUGUUUAUUUAUACUUAUAUUGGUACUAAACUUUACUUUCAGUAGUGUUCGAAAAGUUAUACUACGGAUGGGCUCAAUAGUGCAAAACCUUUGUUGUACCUGUUGUAUGUUAUUGCUAUUCUCUGUUUUUGGCCUUAAUUGUAUCUGUGGCGUAUUAAUGAUGACUGUAAGGAUGAUGAUGAGGUAUUACGGAGUACAUGUACUCAAAAUCAAAUGCAUUCCAGUGUAUUAUACAGUGGAGCUGCUUAAACUGCAAUUUACGGAACCGUCAGAUUUUCUUUGAUUUAGCUGGGUUUUCAGUUUAGAGAUAUUGUUCAAACAAAGAGAAAAUAAAUGAUGAUUUUAUUUUCUUUCCAUUUACCGCUGCUUUAGGAUAAACUGUGUUUGGUUUAAGCGGACUACACUGUAAUACAUGUAUGUACUGUGAACAUUUUCGUGUCCUACAGAUUAGGGGCGGAGAGAACAAUUGCCCCACAGUAAAACAGCAAAAGGUCGAACCCUUUAAUGUGUUCAAAACCAUACAAUGUAUUGCUGGGUAAGUGCCAUACUUCGAAAUGACCUGUGUGCGUCUACAAAGGAGUUGGGUUUUCAGUUCAUACAACCAACCAAUAUCCAACUCCCUUUCACCUUCUCCUUUCUUUCUAACUACUUCUUUGGUCCGUGUAGUGGGACAAAUGUCCUAGUUGGAAGGAGGGAAAAGUAUAUACAUACAAUGUAUGUGUGUGUAUAAUUAAUAUUAUAUAUAUAUAUGUAUUAAAUAUAUAUGUAUGUAUAUGUAAAACACGCAUCAACACAUCCACUCGAACACACACAUCAUUGUAUAUCAAUGAGAUGUAGCUAUAUUUGCUAUCAAAAUUAGUAGGGCUACUGUUUUAUUUAAAUUCAUAAAUCCUCUGUUCGAACAUUGGAUAAAGUGUCUUCUCUUUUGAUGCCAUUACUUGGUUGUGAUAUUUAUUUCCUUGUUAUGUACCCUGAUGAUUCCCAGGGAAUGUUUCUGUGAUGACGUGAAAGUGGAUUGAUGCUGUUUGAUGUUCCAUGCACAACUGUUGGUUUGUUUUCCAAAAAGUGUAUUCCAAACAUUUGUUAUUUUGGUUCUGGACAGACUUUGAUUAAUAAAUACAUCAUCGUGAUGUG